ACAGCUCGUCUGACUGUGAGUCCCAGCAGCUCUCAGCUUUUUGAAGGAGACUUUGUGUCUCUGAGCUGUGAGGAGGACGACAGCUCUGCUGGAUGGACUCUGAGGAGAAACACAAGCAAACAACAGAGGACUCAGUGUGGAGCUGACUGGGGGAAAUCAGCUGGUUCUUUCUGUAACAUCAGCUACAUCUACACAUGGGAGAGUGGGGUUUACUGGUGUGAGUCCAGAGAGGGUCCCAUCAGUAACAUGGUUAACCUGACAGUCACUGGUGGAUCAGUGAUCCUGCAGAGUCCUGUCCUCCCUGUGAUGGAGGGAGAUGAUCUCACUCUGCUCUGUAAAACAAAGACCACUCCCUCCAACCUCCCAGCUGCUUUCUAUAAAGAUGGCUCCCUCAUCAGGAAGCAGCCUACAGGUCACAUGACCAUCCAGCAUGUUUCCAGGUCUGAUGAAGGCCUCUACAAGUGUGACAUCAGCGGUCAUGGAGAGUCUCCAUCCAGCUGGAUCACUGUCACAGGUGGGACUCUCUCUGCAGAAAAACCUACAACCACAGUGCUGCCUGCCACCUCAGCUCUUCCCUCUUCCACAACACUGCCCUCUCACUCCUCCACCCUCCAGCUUGGCAUCAGAGUGUUCCUCACCCUGGUGGUGUUCUGUCCAUACUUCAUCUCCACUCUCCUCAUGGUGUCUUUAUAUCGACACAGAGCUAAAGGGAACAAACUUCCCAUCUUGAACCUGCACACUCAUCCUGAGCAGGGAUUAGAUGAUGUACAUGAGGAUGUAAUUACUGAUGUCACCACAGAGCAUCGUUUCUGAAACAAACUUCUGUUGUGUCUCUGUGGGUCUCACUAACUUUGUCCUCUUCACCUCUGACGUCAUUGGAGUAAAUGGACUCUGAUGUUCAUCUCUGGAUAUUUUCAUCUCGAUAAACAACAAAUAUUCAUUCUAAGAGGAGGAUUUCCAUGAUGUACUGUGUGUGUUACUGCACCUUUGUAUCUAAGGUAUUUUUCACAAAGUAUUCAGAUUAUUUCUGAAUCAAACCUACAGAUGUUUUCAGAUCUGAUAUUGGAGGAAAACCUAAAAACUGUUACAUAGAUAAUGUUCAUGUUUUAUGUUGAUAUUUCCUCUGUCCCUGUCCUGCGUGAUCAAAUGGCUGGACUGUUAAUGGGCCGGGGUCUUUUCCCCAGCAUGUUUUAACUUGAAAUUUAAGUUAUUUAUAUUAUUGUGUUUUGUGUUUGGUAUGUUGUUUUUUUUAAUUCUUCUCAUGUUCUGUUUUGUAUUCUACCUUAACUCUCCUUGUUUGUGUGUUUACCACUGCAGCUCUGUAACUACUGUAUUGUAGGAAGCAUUCAACUCAUUUCUAAAUGAAACCUACAACUGUUUUCAGAUCAGGUUUUAGAGGAAGAUGUUAUUCUACAUCCUGUCUUAUUUUGGUAAUUCUUGUUUUCACCUCCUUUCUGAUGAGGAUAUUAGACUCCUGAUGUUUGACUGGAGUUAUAACUACCAGGUGGUGACUCCAUCUGAACCUUUUCCCCUGAAACUACCUGGACUUUGGUUCGCUGCUUUUUAAAAAUGUAACCUUUGGAGUUAGUUGGAUCGUUGCAACUUCAUCCUCAAUAAAGAUUAACUUUGUUAAUUCAG